GUGUAAGAUUAAUUCAGUUCCAUUACUAAAUUUUCUCUUUCCUUAUUUUCACUUUCCUUCUCUUUCUCGCUUACCAAACAGGACUUCAAACAAAUGGAGUACAUCACUAUUUUAAUUGCUUUGUUAAGUAUUUUCAUAUCAGUGGCUCUGAAUCUGUACCUGAAAGGCGGUUACCGUACCAAAAAUCGACCUCCAGGGCCUUCAGGAUGGCCUGUCAUCGGCAAUAUUUUCGACCUUGGAGCUAUGCCGCACCAGAGUUUGUACAAGCUGAAAUCUAAAUAUGGACCUGUGAUGUGGCUAAAACUCGGCUCCAGGAAUACUAUGGUGAUCCAAUCUGCGGCUGCUGCGGCAGAGCUGUUCAAGAAUCACGACGCUAAUUUCUGCGACAGAAUGUCUUUUGAUGUUUUUACAUCGCAUAAUUACGACAAAGGAUCACUUGCGAUGGGCCGAUAUGGUCCCUUUUGGCGAAUUCUCCGACGAAUUUGUGCUACCGAACUCAUGACUAACAAGAGAGUCAAUGAUACGGUUCCAAUCCGGCGAAAAUGCGUCGAUCAAAUGAUCAAAUAUGUUGAAGACAAUGAAGGAUCAGAGGUGGAUUUGGUUCACUUGCUAUUCCUGACGGCAUUCAAUGUUAUCGGUAACCUGACACUAUCACAGGAUCUUUUAGACCCGCACUGCAAAGAAGGCCAUAAUUUCUACAAGGCAAUGGACAAGUUCAUGGUAUGGGCUGGAACGCCAAAUUUUGCAGAUUUUUUGCCAUUCUUGAAAUUCAUGGAUCCUCAGGGACUGAAACGAAAAAUGAACAGAGACUUGGGGCAGGCAGUUGAAAUUAUUGCAGGAUUUGUGAAAGAGAGGAUGGAAGAGAAAAAAGCAGGGAAGGAGAAACAGAGUAAGGAUUUCUUAGAUGUGGUGUUGGAAUACGAAGGGGAUGGCAAGGAAGGUCCUCAAAAACUCUCAUAUGACAAAAUCGUUAUAAUUGUAUUGGAGAUGUUUUUUGCAGGAUCCGAGACUACAAGCACGACAAUGGAAUGGGCCAUGGCAGAACUAAUGCGCAGUCCUGAAAAACUGCAAAAGCUGAAACAAGAACUUAAUGAGGUCAUCGGAGACAACAAAAAAGUUGAGGAAAGUGAUAUUGAUAGAUUACCUUAUCUGCAAGCUGUAGUGAAAGAAACGUUUCGAUUACAUCCUGCAAUUCCUCUACUCCUUCCGAGAAACACAAUGCAAGAUACAAAUUUUAUGGGAUAUCACAUUCCGAAAAAUACACAAGUUUUCGUGAAUGCGUGGGCGAUAGGAAGAGAUGAAGAAUCUUGGGAAGAUUCUUUGGCAUUCAAACCCGAAAGAUUUCUUGGUUCGAAUAUUGAUUACAAGGGUCAGGAUUUUCAGUUGAUUCCAUUUGGUUUGGGAAGAAGAAUUUGCGUCGGUAUGCUACUUGGUUUACGGUUAGUUUAUCUGGGUUUGGCUUCUCUUGUUCACACUUUUGACUGGGAAAUUGGCUCCAAUUCUGGUUCGGAGAGUAUAGACAUGAAUGAGAGAACUGGAAUUACAGUUCGAAAGCUUGUACCUUUGAAAUUAGUGCCAAAGAAACGCAUAAAGAUGAGAAACUAAGAGAAUAUCAUUGAGUGCUGUGUGUAUUUUUAAUGUAUUGUUGUCAUGUUAUUUAUUAUCAAGCUAGAAUCCAUGCUUUAAAGGAUUGACAAGAAUUGAAA